AUGCCACGUGGCGAACCGCGUCAUGCUGACAUCUCCGUUUUUCGGCAAUCCCUUCAUGAUGAAUUUGCACUAUUCAAAACGAUUGUUUCCCAAAAUCUCAUUCUGAAUGAGAUCGUUUUUGGAUCAGCUGCACAAAAUGUCGAAUGCCAAGAUUGGACAAGAUUACGCUAUGAUGAUCCGCUUCGCGAGGUAUUCGUCAUGUUUUUCCUUUUCGAGGUUUGCCUCACAACAUGCGAUAACGGAGGAGUUCAAUUGGACAGAUUGGUACUUCCAAAUUUGAGUUACAUCGAGAUGAAUGGAAAAUGCAUUCAGGGCUUCUUCCAAUCGAACGUUUUCGCAGCCGACAGUCUCGGGAGACUUUGCGGUAACUCAUUCUCAUUUCUCGUGCAGGAUGUUUCCCGUGUGAUGCAAUCAAUCCAUCUCGACGAGUCGGAGGCUGCUGUCCUAUUCUUCAUGGCGCUCACUCAAAGUGUAUCUGCAAUGCGGCGACAUUCUGCCACGGAGAUUAAGAGAUCGAACUUGCUUGCCGAGCUGACAAAAUCGCAAACGCAGCAAUCGGGCUCGGCGGAGCCGUCGAGGAAUAAUUCGCUUCUCUAUCUAGUGGGACAAUUGUUGCAAGGCGCAAGCACAUUUCAAGAAGUCUUAGCACUUUUCUACGUUGCGAAUAUUCCCAUGUCCAACUAUUAUCCCCAGCAUCAUCAAUAA